AAUCUGACAAACGAACCUCAUUGGAGCAAAUAUUCAAAUUUAUUAAAUAUGAAUGUAAAGGUAGAUAGUUUUAUUUACACAAACAAUAAAAAAUGUGAAUAAUUAUAUACAAAUACUAUUUAUUUAAUAAUUUUAAUCUCAUUUUUUGUGUAAUUGUUUUUGUUUCAGCGUUGGCUCUUAUUUUGAAAGUGACUCAUUCCUCUUCCGGUCUUACCAUGGCAGCUUGACGUACGGAACUCGCUGCCAUUUGGUCCAGUGGCUCGUGAGUGCAUCUCUGUCCGCCGUCCUGCGGCAUAUGAAGGCGGUCAACGGUAGGGGACCUCCGCCUUGAGGCAACUCCAAACAAGAACGUCAGGUAAUUUAUUACCACAGACAUUUCAGUUGCCGCUUUCUUCGCCACCCGCAUCUGUGUCCCGUCACAGACAGGGGAAAGGAGAGGGGGGUCCAUCAAGGAGUGACCAGCAUGGACCCCCAAACGAAGAACCGCACUGGUCCGGCGGCGAUGGCGGCGGGAGGGAGCUUCGGCGGCCGCCCGGCCUCUCUCGGAGCCGACGGGGGUGACUCAGAGUCCGGAGCGGGCUCAGAGGAAGCUGCCAUGGGCUGCAGCGACACAUUCAGCAGUCUGCCGGACAUGGAGCAGGAGUCUCUGGAGGAGAAAUUACGCGGACUGGCGUUCAGAAAGCAGACCUCGUAUCGGAAAGCCAUCUCCAGAUCAGGCCUCCAUUAUCUCGGCCCACCUCAGCCCUCGCUUCCUCCAGCAUCCAACGGCCCAAACAAGGAGCUACGUACCUGCAUAGACUGGACGGACAAUGCAGUGAACGGAGAUCACUUGUGGACGGAGACGAGUUGUUCAGGAGAGCUCUGUUAUCUCGGGGAGGACGCAUGUCUCCUGAAGACUGCAAAGUCAUCCCCCAGGAGGAAAUGUGCCGCCUGUAAGAUCGUUGUUCACACUGGCUGCAUAGAGCAACUAGAAAAGAUUAACUUCAGAUGUAAGCCAACCUUCAGGGAGGGAGGUUCCAGAUGCCUCAGAGAUAACGUACUGAGACACCACUGGGUCCACAGGCGACGGCAGGAGGGGAAAUGUAAACAGUGUGGGAAGAGUUUUCAGCAGAAGUUCUUCCACAGUAAAGAAAUCAUCGCCAUCAGUUGUUCUUGGUGUAAACAGGCUUUCCACAACAAGGUGACGUGUUUCAUGCUGCACCAAAUCGAGGAGCCAUGUUCACUGGGGGCCCAUGCUGGAGUCAUCGUACCUCCCUCCUGGAUCAUCAAAGUCAGGAAACCACAGAGCUCACUGAAGAACUCCGCCAGGCGGAAAAAACGGACGUCUUUCAAACGAAGGGCGAGCAAGAAAGGACUGGAUGACUCUAAAUGGCGUCCGUUCAUAUUGAAACCCCUCCCUUCUCCUCUUAUGAAACCCGUCUUGGUUUUUGUCAAUCCCAAGAGCGGGGGCAACCAGGGUGCCAAGCUGUUGCAGAUGUUCAUGUGGAUCCUAAACCCCAGACAAGUGUUUGACCUGUCUCAAGGUGGACUCAGAGAGGCGUUGGAAUUGUAUCGCAAAGUGCCAAACCUGAGGAUCCUGGCCUGUGGUGGAGACGGCACAGUGGGGUGGAUCCUCUCCGCUCUCGAUGAGCUGCAGAUGAAUCCCCAACCUCCGGUUGCUGUGCUUCCUCUGGGAACAGGAAAUGACCUCGCCAGGACGCUCAACUGGGGUGGGGGUUACACAGAUGAACCCGUGUCGAAGGUUUUGUGUCACGUGGAGGACGGUUCGGUGGUGCAGCUCGACAGGUGGAACCUGCUGGUGGAGAAAACAUCUGCCCAGCCAGAAGAAGGAACCCAGAAGCUACCUCUGAAUGUUUUCAACAACUACUUCAGCCUUGGCUUCGAUGCUCACGUCACCCUGGAGUUCCACGAGUCCAGAGAGGCCAACCCGGAGAAGUUCAACAGUCGCUUCCGCAACAAGAUGUUCUAUGCAGGCGCUGCAUUCUCAGAUUUCCUCCAGAGAAGCUCCAGGGACUUGUCCAAGCACGUCAGAGUGGUGUGUGAUGGAACGGAUCUAACACCCAAGAUCCAGGAGCUAAAGUUUCAGUGCAUCGUGUUUUUAAACAUUCCCAGGUACUGUGCUGGCACUAUGCCGUGGGGAAAUACCGGUGACCAUCGAGACUUUGAACCACAGCGCCACGAUGACGGCUGCAUUGAGGUUAUCGGCUUCACGAUGGCUUCACUGGCGGCGCUACAGGUCGGCGGUCAUGGCGAGAGGCUUCACCAGUGCAGAGAAGUCAUCCUCACCACUUACAAGACUGUACCUGUUCAGGUGGACGGUGAGCCGUGCAGGCUGGCUCCAUCCACUUUGCGCAUCUCCCUGCGAAAUCAGGCCAACAUGGUCCAGAAGAGCAAGAGACGCACCUCGGUGCCCCUGCUCAACGAUAUUCAGAAGGUGUGUGCAGCUGAUCUGCGCCGCCUCUCUGCUCCCCCCGACUCCUUCUCUGUUCCUCAUGCAGUCCCGGAUCGUUUGCGGCUCCGAGUGAAUCGGAUCAGCCUGCAGGAGUACGACAGGCUGCAGUACGACAAGGAGCGCCUGCGAGACAUCUCAAUCCCAGUCGGCAUUGUGGUUGUUAGGGGCGACUGUGACCUGGAGACCUGCAGACUUUACAUCGACAGAUUGCAAGAGGAUUUACACCAGGCGCCAUCUACUGGCCACAGAGUGCACUAUCAGGAUGAAAACAGAGGUGUCCCAAUAACCAGUUCAACCAGUAGACUGUCUCCUAACUGGAGCUUCCUGGAUUCUACAUCAGCUGACCGCUUCUAUCGCAUAGACAAGGCUCAGGAGCAUCUUCACUUCGUGACAGAAAUAUGUCAGGACGAGGUCUUCAUCUUGGACCACGAGGGACCAUUGGUGAGCCAGGGGUCGUCAGCUGGGAUGCCCGAUCUGGUGGUUGAACCUACUGCUGGUGCUCCUCUGACACCAGAUGAACAAGCUCUUCUGACUGCUGCCAGUACUGGGGAUCUAUUACUGCUAAGAGAUAGUGUACGUCGAGGAGUCAGUUUGUUGGUGAGAGACUCUGGAGGCUGUUCUGCAUUACAUCUAGCUGCCCAGAACGGCCACACAGAUCUGGUCAGCUUCAUACUGCAACAAGGUUCAAAGGUUCUCCUGGAUUUAACCGACACAGACAAGGGGGAAACUGCCUUGCACAAAGCAGCCUCACAGAAGCGGCACGUGGUGUGUCGAAUGUUGCUGGAGGGUGGUGCUUCGCUGGAGAAGACAAACUUCCUGGGGAAGACGCCGGUGGACCAAGCAGCAGGAGACGCUGAGCUCGCCACCUUCCUGAGCUCCAAACAGCACACUUCAUCUGGCACCAAUGAAGACCUGGAGACUGCUGUCUGAGGCACAUUCCCGCUCAUACACUCUUCCAUUGGACUGUGGAGUCCACACACUCCUGGAGCAGAGAGUAACUGGAAGGGAAGUAACAAACUUGUGCUGGAUUUAACUCUGCAGGUGCAGAGACCAGCCUGCCUCUGUACGCAGCACCAUUGCAGCAGAGAUUUUAAUGCUCAACUAUUUAUUUAUAUUUAUUUAUUCUAUUUAUUGGUUGUGCUGGUUGAUAGACAUUUAACAAUUGCAAGUGCAAUUUGUCGUGUAAUGGAGUUGUUUUGGUCAUAUUUUACAACUAUAUUAAUUCUCGAAAAUGGUCCAAAUUGAGAUGAAAGCAGUAUAUUUAUCCCAUAAAACCUGUGUGCCAAAGACAUUACACUGUUUGUGGUGUCAUAUCUAACCCAAAUAUGCCACCGUUUGAUGAUUCCUAUGUGGUUUUCCAGGAUGUUUAGUCACAAACCUGUCAAGUCACAUGCUGCUGUAUCUACCGCCUAAGAGUCAUCAGACGUACAGACACCAAACUGGCAUCCCCUAUUCCUCCCAGACAAGAUUUUUCCAGGAAAUCAGUGUUAUUCUGGAAGGUUAUGUGGUUUAAGAUUUAUCGACAUAAUUUUAGACAAUGGCGGUCUCUAGGACUUCUAAAACUUCACCUUGGGGAUUGAGAAGCACCCUUCGCUUUAUAUGAGUCACAACAACAAUCUUGGAAACUACCAAAUUGAAUCACAUAGUUGGGUUUUGAAUGCUCUUUGAAAUUAUGUGGAACUUGUUUUACAUGAAAAAGGUUUUACAUAAUUCCAACAGAUCUUUUCUGAAGCAUAAAAACGAACAAAACAUGAAUGUAGCUGGACUGUAACAAAGAUUCGAGGUUUAAUUUUGUAGGAUUUUUCCUUUUUGUCACAUCCCUUUAUGUGUUGGUUGUCCUGUUUAGGCAGUCUGUCUGGUCUGAAGUUGAACCAAACAUCUGAAACAUUAUUAAACAUGUCAGUCACAUUUAUUUUUAACCCAACUCUGUAAAUGGACACAAUAAACUGAGCUCUUCUGUGAAGUUCUACACAGAAACCCUCCACACCUAAAGGCACCCCUGGUCACAUAUUAAGAAAGCCUUUACAUUAAUUAAUCUUUUAUUGCAGCAACUUAAUCUUGCACUGGAAAAAUCUGAAAAAUCCAACCUUUUUUUGUCAUUUUAUUCACUAAGGGGGAAUAUCCCACAUUAUGAAACAAAAAUCACUGGUGGCACAAUUAUUAAUAGCCCUACUGAUAAUUCUAGGUUUAACCCCCUGAAGCCAACAGGACAGCACUUAGUUUUCACCUAGAAGCAGGUUGAAGCAUGCAGAGAGAGCAAUCUCUGACCAUCCCUCUUACCAGAACCUCUCUAGAUCAUCCUGAAUCAUCUUAUGCUCUCUUCUCACCCUGUAGGUUUUUUAGAGGAUUUACGUCUGCAGCUUACAAUAAGCUGAUCUUGUCUCCAGUGAAUCAUUUCUGUGUUGAUUUUGGCCAUAAGUUUGGAUCAAUAUGCUACUGAGGGAUUCGAUAACAAACCACUCUGUGUUCUACCAGAGGUCACCAGAUUUUUUAUUUAGAAAGUCCUGGUAUUUCCAACCAUUUGUGUUCCUUUGGCAUUUAGGAGAGAAACAGGCCCACAACACCACAGAUCCCCUACUGUGCAUAACAAUAAUGGUUUUUCCAGAUAUUCAUCCUUUGAUUUAUGGUUCAGGUAAAGUCCCAGUAAAGUUUAGCAAACUCCAAAUCUUUUUUUUUUUUUUCAAGAUAAGAAAGGCAUUGUUCAGCCUGGUUUUUCUCAGUUCCAGCUGCUUUAAACCUUUAGUAAUCGCUUUGACUCUAGAUAUCGACCAAAUUUGGGGAGUAGCUAUGUUCUUAUAGCCAUAUCCUGACUUAUAAAGAUCCACACACUUCUGAAUUACUUAAAUGGCAUGUUCUCUUGUCUUUCCCAUUUUGAAGAGUUGCUGAAAGAAAAGGGCUUCUGUGUCGGGUCAUAUGUAUAUUCUAGAGAAACAGGAAGUCAGGGAUUAAUACAUAAAAACUUCAAGAUAUUCUGAACAAUUUAAAAAGUAAAAAUUGUUAUGGGUAACAAUAACUGUGCCAGCCAUUUAUUUCUUAAUGUGGGAGUUGUUUAUGAAUCCUAAAUGCAAAUAAAUUUACUUAAAUUAAAAUUAGGAUUUUUCAUCUUUUUAGAGUGAGGUUAUGCUACUGCAGUAAAAGAUAAAGGUUUUUAAAGUUGUUUUUUUUUUACACAUUUAUGUCAAGUGUGUCUGUAGAUGUUGAAGGAACUAUAAAUUAGAGCUUGAUUUUUUUGGACCCGUAGUGAAAAACUGAGCCCUUUUUAUCUAAAAUGUAAAUAUUCUAAAGAGUUACAUAUUUUUUAACACCUUUUUUUUUAAAAUCUGAACAUUUUAGCUGUUCUGUUUUAACAAAACACAUUCUGGGGAUCAGUCAAAUUCACUAGUUUCUGAUAAGUUUCUUGAUUUGCUCACCAGUCAGGGCAGUGGGGAGCAGGGUGUCCCAGUCCUGUUUCUCUAAGAAUCCAGUCUUAGAUUCUAGAGGUGUUUGGUUGGUCAAGACACACUUGGUUUAACAGAGGGACUCACCUGAACUGCUUUUAAUGAAGUUCUGUACAAACCUGUUCAUGGCUCUGCUUACAGUACGUUAAGAGAAGAAAGAAGCAGAGAACCAGUUUGGAAACACUGUAAAACCGUAGCUGUUUUACUAACCUGUGCUUUGAAAAAAAAAAAAAUACUCAUUAUUUAUUUUUAAUGGGACAUGAAAUUACAGAUACUCCUGACUCAUAAAGGCUUUUCAAAUCUGUGGAAACGUUUGGUGGGAAAAUAUGACUCAUAACAUAUCCAACUUAAAAAAAACAGUCACGCAGAAAACUUUUGUGUGCAGCGUGUGCAGACAGCUACAGAUUCAGAGCGCGUUUAUUUUCUUCCUUCACCACAAGCAAAGUACAGUGGGUAGAACAAGUAUUUGAUACUCUGCUGAUUUUGCAGGUUUUCCUGCUCGGAAAGCAUGUAGAAGUCUUUCAUUUUUAUCACAGGUCCUCUUCAACUGUGAGUGACGGAAUCUAAAACAAAA